AUGAAUUUCAGAACUAUUCCUCCAAUUCUACUAAUGGAACUAAAUAAUAUGUUUAGUAAUAUAAGAUGGAGUAUUGGCCCAGCAUUUCGGUUUAAUACACAUUCCAUUACAGAGAACAAUGUGUCUCGCACAAGAAUUGCGUCGAUCUCUGAGCAAAAAAAAACGUUUCGAUUUCCUUUUUGGGGCAACGCCUCCUCCUCCAACCUCCAUUUUCUCAGCCACCAGAAAAAAAAAAAGAGGGACUACUACUUUUGCCGCCACUUGUUAUCAACGUAUCAAUCAUCACAAUAUGAUCCGCGUAAAAGCAAGUCAAAAUAUUCUUUUUGCACCAUUUUUUGUUGA